AUGGAACCUGAGAAUGAUUGUGCUUGGAAGCUAAAACAGGGAAUGACAUUCGAUUAUGAACAAUGUGUGUAUGAUUUUUAUAAUAUAUAUGGAGGAAGAAUGGGGUUUAGCAUAAGAAGGGAUUUUUGUAGGAAGAACAAGAUCACCAACCAACUUAGUUGUAGACUUUUGGUUUGCAACAAGGAGGGAUUUCAGAAGGAUGAGGGUACUGGGAAAUAUGUUGUGACUGAUUUCAAAGAAAAACACAACCAUGAUCUUGUAUCACCCGAGUGUGCCCACAUGUUGCCGUCACAAAGAAAGAUAUCAACUACCCAAGCCAUUGAGUUAGAUUUGGCGGCACAAUCUGGUCUUCGUUUAGGCCAGUCUUUUGACCUCAUGGGUAGGGAAGCUGGUGGGAGGCAAUGUCUUGGGUUUACAAAAUUGGAUCAAAAAAAUUAUUUGAGAACCAAAAGACAACAAAGUUUAGCAUAUGGGGAAGUAGGCAAUGUGUUACAAUACUUUAAAGAAAAAUCUAUGCAGAAUCCUUCCUUCUUUUAUGCUUUCCAGUUAGAUAAUGAAGAGCAAAUAACGAAUAUGUUUUGGGCUGAUGCACAAAUGAUCAUGGAUUAUGCCCAAUUUGGUGAUGUUGUCACUUUUGAUACUACUUACAAGUUAAACAAAGAACAUAGACCCUUCGCGUCUUUUGUGGGACUCAACUAUCAUAGGGAAACAAUUAUAUUUGGUGCAGCCUUGUUGUAUGAUGAGACCGCCGAAACGUUUGUAUGGUUGUUUCAAAAUUUUCUAGAGGCUAUGUCAGGAAAGGCACCGAAAACGUUGUUCACUAAUCAAUUGUUGUAA